AUGUCGAAAACCAAAGAUGUUGAAAACCAAUUAUCCCAUGAUGAUAAUAUUGGAAAUUAUUCUCCACCUGCCGAAACAUUGGCAGAAGGUAGCAACCAAAAGGAGAUCACGAGAGUUAGAAGUGACGCUAACUAUGUUUACAUAGGUAAAAGAAAAUAUCUUCGUGAUGAACUUAGCAAUGCGUUUGGUGGUACUUUGCAACCAGGUUUAGCACCCGAGGCAACACACAAAUUUGCCAACCCUGCACCUUUGGGACUUUCGGCUUUCGCAUUGACAACUCUUGUGCUCUCCCUUGUGAACUGUCAAGCAAGAAGCGUUUCCACCCCCAACAUUGUUAUUGGCCUUGCCGCCUUUUAUGGUGGUCUAAUUCAAUUACUAGCAGGAAUGUGGGAACUAUCGUUGGAAAAUACAUUCGGUGGUGUUGCAUUAUCAUCAUAUGGAGGAUUCUGGAUGAGCUAUGCUGCUAUUUCUAUUCCAUGGUUUAAUAUUGCCGCUGCAUACGAAUCUGAAGUGGAUUUGGAGAAUGCUAUUGGAUUUUAUUUAUUGGGCUGGACCCUAUUCACGUACGGACUAUGCUCGUGCACGCUCAAAUCCACGGUCAUGUUUUUUGCUUUGUUUUUUAUGCUAGGAAACACUUUCUUGUUACUCACAAUUGGUGCAUUUAUUCAAUCCACCGGUGCGACAAAAGCAGGCGGAGUUUUGGGAGUGAUUACAGCAUUUAUUGCGUGGUACAAUGCAUAUGCCGGUUUAGCCACCAGGCAGAAUUCAUAUAUAACUGUUAAAGGAAGGCAACUUCCUAAAUUUGGAAAGAAAAAGAAGAACAUAGGAGAAGUUGUUUAA